AUGGCUCUACGACACUUCCUCCUUUCUCUCCUUGCCAGUUCAUCAGUGUUGGCAGCCGAUGAUCGUGGUCACGGGAACCAACCUGGCCAUGGGAAACCUAACCCUUCGAAUGGUGUGGUUUACAAGGACCCUACCGCAGAUGUCGAAUCUCGCGUCAAGGACCUCCUUUCCCGCAUGACCCUCUCCGACAAGGUGUCUCAACUCAUGCAAGGCGAUGUUGGCAACUGGAUGAACAGCACCACCAAUGCCUUCAACGUUUCCGGCCUCAUCGACUCCAUGGCCUCCAAGUCCGGUUCCUUCUACGUCGGCUAUCCCGUUCCGCAGCAAUGGAUCGCCGAGAACGUCAAGAAGGGACAGGAUUACCUUCUGCACAACACCACCCUCGGGAUCCCAGCCUUCGUGCAAUCGGAAGGCAUCCACGGGUUCCUGAUCGAGAAUGCCACGAUCUUCAACAGCCCCAUCGCAUAUGCUUGCUCGUUCAACCCCGACCUCGUCGAGAAGAUGGCUUACGCAAUCGCGCAGGAGUCGCUCGCGCUCGGCGUCAACCAGAUCUUUGCUCCGGUGGUCGACCUUGCUCGGGAGCUACGCUUCGGGCGUGUUGAAGAGACAUUCGGCGAGGAUGUGCAUCUAUCUGGAGAGAUGGGAUACUCCUAUGUCAAGGGGCUGCAAGCCGGUAAUGUCAGCGCAAUGGUGAAGCAUUUCGCCGGAUUUAGCAUGCCGGAACAGGGAUUGAAUACGGGGCCGGUACAUGGAGGUGAGCGGGAGAUGCGGACCACGUGGUUGCCGCCGUUCAAGAGGACCAUUAUGGAUGGCGGUGCAUACUCGGUGAUGAGUGCAUACGAUUCAUACGAUGGGAUCCCGGCAGUGAUGGACCAUCAUCUGAUGACUGAGAUCCUCCGCGAAGAAUGGGGCUACCAGUACUUCGUCAUGUCCGACGCUGGCGGCACGGACCGUCUCUGCAACGCCUUCAAGAUGUGCCGAUCAGACCCAAUCGAUUCGGAGGCCGUGACGAAGUAUGUUCUACCAGCCGGCAAUGACGUCGAGAUGGGUGGCGGAUCCUUCAAUUUCAAGACCAUCCCUGCGCUCAUCGAGUCCAAGGAGUUGGAUAUCAAGACUGUGGACACUGCCGUCUCGCGCGUCCUCCGAGCGAAGUUCGCCAUGGGCCUGUUCGAGAACCCAUAUCUCGCUGCCCCAGCAAACAAGACCUCAAAGUUGAUUCAUACACCGGAACAUAUCAAGCUUGCACGAGAGUUGGACGCCGAGUCCAUCGUUCUGCUUGAGAACAACAACAACCUCCUCCCUCUCAAAAAGGACGCAAACAUCGCCGUCAUCGGUCCCAUGGCCGACGGUUUCAUGAACUAUGGCGAUUACGUUGUCCACCUCUCCCAAUACCGCGGCAUCACCCCCCUCGCCGGCAUCCAAUCCGCCUCCACCGGCACCGUCACCUACGCCAAAGGUUGUGAGCGCUGGUCCAACGACGAAUCGGCCAUCCCCGCCGCCGCCUCCGUCGCCAGCGCCGCCGACAUCGCCGUCGUUGUCGUCGGCACCUGGUCGCGCGACCAGAACGAGCUCUGGGCAGGUCUGAACGCCACGACCGGCGAGCACGUUGACGUGAACUCGCUGAACCUUGUGGGUGCGCAGGCGGCGCUUGUGCGUGCGAUUUUGGAGACGGAUACGCCGACGGUUGUAGUGUUUUCGUCAGGGAAGCCGGUCACCGAGCCGUGGAUUAGCAAGAAGGCGGCUGCGCUGGUGCAGCAGUUCUACCCUGGAGAAGAGGGUGGUAAUGCGUUGGCGGACGUGCUGUUCGGGGACGUGAACCCCAGUGGAAAGUUGAGCGUGGGCAUUCCGACCGAUGUCGGGAGCUUGCCGAUUUUCUAUGAUUAUCUGAACAGUGGGCGGUCGCUGGAGGCCGGAGGGCUGAAUGAGACGACUGGUGAACUAGAGUUUGGACAUCAGUAUGUUCUGGGGACGCCGGUGCCGUUGUACGAGUUCGGCUACGGCAAGAGCUAUUCGACAUUUGUGUACUCGAACGUCACACUGUCGCAGGAGACGGCGAAGAAGGGGGAUACCGUGACCGCAAAGGUGACGGUGACGAAUGCCAGUGGCAGGGAUGGUCAGGAAGUGGUCCAGUUGUACGUGAGCGAUCUCAUCGCCAGCAUCACUGUGCCGAACAAGGUGCUCAAGGGGUUCAAGAAGGUGAUGAUCAAGGCGGGCGAGUCUCUGGAAGUGGAGAUCCCGGUGAAGGUAGAGGAAUUGGGUCUGUGGAACAUCAAGAUGCAGUAUGUGGUCGAGGCUGGUGAGUUUGAGAUCAACAUGGGCACCUCGAGCGCGAACUUGACGGGCCCGGCGAUUUUGACCGUUCAGUGA